AUGUAAAUGUACACUGAGAUGAAAUGUAAAAAGAGUAGCCUAAUUACACAAAAAAUACAGUUUUUAAUAUGUUUAUGUGAAAUCAAUUGAGGAUAUGUAAUUUUCUUGGUGUUUUUAGAAUAAAAAUACUCCCUUUGGUUGGCACUUACUAAUUUUCUCCAAUCCAGUGUAAUACUGUUUAAAGAACAGAGGUUAAGAACAAAAUAAUGUGCAUACGCACGUGUUAUGAAUUAGGCAGAGGUUUUUUUGUGAGACAAUCUCCUGUGCGUACAAAUUUGAAAUAAUCUACACAAUUAUUAAUGAACGAGACCCACUGCUCUGUUUGUUUCAAAAUCUCCACACAUCAAUUUUGGCUCCACCAAUAACAUGAGUUUGGGGCGGGGCUAUCUGUUUUCAUGACCAAUGGCAGACGGGAAGUGUUCAGGAAACCUAUCCAAAACACUAUAAGUAUUGGGAAAAGUGACUUCACCUUCAAUGUCAGACUUUAAGUCUGGUAAUAACAUGCAAUAUACAUCAAUAAUGCAUUGCAGAGAUAAUAUAGUCUCACCCUAUUUGAAUAGUGAGUACACAAAGUGAGUUUAAACUUGGCAAUAGUGGCAUUAAAGUUUUUGUCGUUCUUUUUACUUUCUAUUUGUUGUUCAAGUACAUAACAAAAUAUGUUUAAAUCACCGCCUUCCUUGUGACAUCACCUCUAAGGAUUGGCAUCUUUGGUGUAAACUUCCUCAUAUAUUUUAACUACAUUUUGUGAUCUCAGAGACAGGGAGCAUCUAUCUCAGACUUACACUCACAGCAUUCCAUUUCUCACCAAAACUGCAAUAUGGCAGAUAAAAACUAUGCAUUUUACAUACAUGGUGCCGAGGAGCAAAUGUGCUCUGGAUAUCUUUACAAAUCUCCCCCAGAGAAUCAGUUCAAGACCCAGAAAUCUUGGAAACGGAGGUUUUUUGUUCUUCUAAAGUACAGUAACAACACAUGCCUGCUUAAGUACUACAAAAAUGAAGAGAUGAACAAACAACUAGGAGACAUUGACUUGUCUAAGGUCACAUUCAUGUUCUUAAACCCUGAGAUGCAUAAAAUGUGGGACUGGAUUCACAACAAUUUCAGAUGUUCUUCUUCAUGCGUAAUGUUUGUUAAAGUACCAGAUAGAGACUACUUCCUUAUCGGAGAAAACAGUUGGGAGAUGGAAAAAUGGUUCAAGGCUUUAUAUGACAUCUUAAAUAAUCGUCCACACAGACUGUUGGAUCCAAAGACAUUUGGAACAAACAAACACAUCAGAGAACUUCCACAACCAGAAAACGACGAGCAGAAAGCUGGGUGGGGUCAGUCAAAAUAUGUUACACAAGAACUGCCAUCACCCUUGACCCACGAGCCCAUCUAUGUUUCUCCUACAAAAUUCAAAAGUAAUCAGUUCAAAGGACACCGUGACACAAGCAACAACAUGAGCAAGUCCAACAAACCUAAAACAACUGCAAAGUUUUACGAAGAACCAGCAAUGGUGGAGGAAGUGUACACUGGAUACCUGCACAAGUCCCCUGGCCAAUCGGCCUUAUUAAAAAGCGUUAGCUCAUGGAAGCACCGUUUCUUUGUGCUCUCCAAGACGGGAGAAGACGCCUACCAGCUGAAAUAUUACACAAACAGCGAAAAGAGAGACAAAUCUGUGGGAGAGAUAGACCUUUCUAAGAUCAGCUUGCUGUUUACUGGCCCAGAGAAACAGAUGUGUGACUGGAUUCAGAAACACUUCAGUUGUACUCCAGCCUCUGUGCUGUUCUUGAGGGUGGAAGAUGACACACCAAAACACACGAGAGACUAUUUUCUCAUUGGAGAAAAAAGUGAUGAUGUGAAUGGCUGGUGCAAUGCCUUAGUCAAGGCCGUGAAGACCCAGAAACCAAAUAAACUGCAACAUACAGAUGACACCCUUGAGGACAACAGAUUUAGAUCAAUAUCUGCACCUGAGAAAUGUUCAGAACCAAAGGUUAAAUAUCAGUCUGAUGAAAGACGGUCAGCACCCGAAUUAUCUUCUCUGCCCCCAGACCAUUAUGACUAUCCUCGCAAGUUCAGCGAACCUCUACUACCAGUAGAGCGCAAGAUUUCAGUUAAAGAGGAUGAAGACGAGAAGGAUGGGAAACAGGAUGAAUCUCCAGAGGACGGCAGUCAAUACAUGUUAAUGGCAUCAUUGCAAAUGAAAUUGGAAGAUGACCAACAAGAGGCGGACACUGCACGCAUACAGACAAACACUUCCAUUAAUGGCCAUGAGUCCUCUUUGUGCAAUGGUGCAGUCAACCAGGACGAUAAAAAUAAAUGCAGUGAAACGCACACACAUGUCGAGAAGGAUAUAUGCAUUAGCCCAAACAGUCUGAAAAACAGUCUGAUCUUGACGGAGGAAGAAGGCAAACCAUGUGUGUCCGAGUGUCGGCAGAUUCAGGACUCAUGUCUGUUCCAUAAGGGGGAUCAGAUCCUGGCCUUCAAUGGCCUGCGGACAGACACAGUAGAAGAGAUACACACAUACCUUAGAAGACUAAGCAAGGAUGAGGUAAAUCUCACUAUUUGGCGGUUUCCAGGAUCCCAGCCUCUCUAUGCUGAAUCUUGCCUAUCACAAUGAGGACAUGAAACAAAAUCUCUUGUGAAUUCUCUUAUCACCAUUGAGCUAUUAGAAAUAUUGUGCACAUGUCUAGUUUAAAGGGACUGUGGGACAUUAAAGCUCAUUCAUUUGAGUCUAAAAAUACAGGUGGAAAAUAAGGUGAUAAUAAUAACAGAAGUGGAAAUUUGAUUAUCUAAAGUACAUUUUCCUCUUUUUCAUGUACAUAAAGCAUUUAAAUAUGUAAAACAAUGCAAAUGAAUUAUGUUAGACUCACUGACAUCAAAAUGCCACUGAGUGAAAGAAAUUAGUAUCAUUUAGACUGUAUAUAUGUACAUGAAACUGCUCGAGUCGGUAUAUAUUAGUUCAUGUUUGUUGUAUGUGAAGAACAAGAGUCAAGUAUUACUUUAUGCACAGUUAUAAACUGUUCAUGUAUAUUAACCUCUUUAAAGCUGCACUUUUUACAAUUCUAACAGUAUACAAUACUUUAUAUACUAUGUAUAUACAACUUUUCUGUUGUUGUAUUUCAUUUUGAAAAGCAUUAAAUCAAUGAUGUAUUGCUCCAAAUCAUGAUGUAUUGAUUUAAAUAUUUCAGUCACUCUUUAGAUUUAUGAUUACUGAAAAUAUAGCCUAUUUAAUAUAUAUAUAUAU